GAUCAUAACUCCAUAACCAAAUACCAAGACAUACAAGGAAUGGAUUGUCUUUGUGCAAUUGGUAACGGGGUUGUUGGAAAAAUAGCCGAGUACACGGUUGAACCCUUUGGACGCCUAGUGAGACGCCAAGUGGGUUAUCUAAUCCACUACAACAAGAAUCUUCAAACUCUAAUGACCCAAGUGAAGAUUUUGAGCGUCGCCAGAGAUAGAGUACAGCAACAGGUUGAUGGAGCUGAUAGAAGAGGUGAGAAAAUCCAUAAGGAUGUCCAAAAAUGGCUCGAAGAAGUGGCUCAGAUCAUAAAAGACACAGAAGAAUUCUUGAAGGGAAAAUGCCAAGCAACUGGAGACCCAAACGAAGUCUUGAAGGAUGAAGGCCAAGCAAAUGAAGAGCCAAACGAAGUCUUGAAAGAUGAACGUCAAGGAAAGCUGAAGCGUCUCCAUCAAUUUUGUCCUAAUCCGAGACUUCGUUAUCAACUAAGCAGAAAGUCAACAAAGUUGGUGGAGGCUGUGGAUGAACUCUACAAAAGAAAAGACUUCUCUAGUGUUUCAUACAGUGUUCCCGCACAAGAGGUAUGUGUCAUAUCUACUGAAGAUUAUGAGGCAUUUGAUUCAAGGAUCUCAACUUUGAAUAAAAUCAUGGAUGAAUUGAGAAGUCCCAGUGCCGACAUCAUUCUAGUGUAUGGUAUUGGGGGUGUGGGUAAGACCACACUAGUGGAAGAAGUUUUCAGGCAAGUUACGAAAGAUAAGUUGUUUGAUGAUGCAGUCAUGGUAAGAGAUGUGAAAACACCAAACUUGGAAGCAAUUCAAAAAGAAAUUGCUGAAAAGUUAGGUCUUAAAGUAUUGUCAAACCAGACUAUCUCAGGAAGAGCCAAUAGAAUAUGUGAAAGAAUAAAGGACAAGGACAAGAAGACUCUUGUGAUUUUGGAUGAUGUCUGGGAAGAAGUUGACUUGAAGACUCUCGGGCUUCCCCACAUACCUACUUGUAAAAUAGUGCUGACCUCUAGAAUUCGAAAGGUAUUAUCUUCUGAUAAGAUUAAGCAGAAAGUGUUUCUGCUUGGAGUGUUAGGCGAAAAUGAAACUUGGCUUUUAUUUGAGAAGAAAGUAGGUGAUGUUAUUAAAGAUCCCACUAUACUAAGCAUAGCAACUCAAGUCGCCAAAAAAUGUGGAGGUUUGCCUGUUUUGAUUGUCACAGUUGCAAGCGCUUUAGAAAAUAGUUCUUUACAUAUAUGGAAAAAUGCCCUGAGAAGUCUUGACAGGUUUCAUGAGAAAGAAGAACUGACAGAAAAAGCUUACAUGGGUCUUGAAUGGAGUUACACUCAAUUGAAUGAGCAGCUUAAGCCAUUAUUCCUGUUGUGUGGUACCACUAUACAAGGGAACUCUAUUUCUUUGACGAACUUGUUGAAAUAUAGUAUGGGUUUGGGUUUUUUUAAAGACCAUACUGUGGAAGAAGCUCGAAAUGCGUUGUAUACACAGGUUGAUAAACUUAAGAAUUCUUGUCUAUUGCUAGAUGGAGAUGACAAUACAUGUGUCAGAAUGCAUGAUCUUGUACAUGAUGUUGCUAUCUGGAUUGCGACCAGAGAUCAACACGUCCAAGUGAAAGAUGGAGUUGAUUUGAUGGAAUGGCCAGAUCAAGAUUCGUUUAAAAGGUGCAGUAAGAUCUCCUGGUCCUGUUGCAAUAUCCCCAGUCUUCCUGAAAUACCUUGGAAAUGUCCUGAGCUGGAAAUGUUUCGUUUGCAUGGUAAUGGUGAAAAAAAUGAUCACCAUUCGAAUAUUCCAAGCAAAUUUUUUGGAGAAAUGCCAAAACUCAAGGUGUUGGAUAUUUGCAAUCUACCUCUUAUGUUACUACCUCCGUCUCUUAAAUCGCUAAAAACUAAUCUUCAAACAUUGUGUUUAGAUGGAUGCACGUUGGAAGACAUAGCUCUAGUUGGAGAGCUAGGCAACUUGGAAACUCUUAGCUUUGCUAACUCCAAGGUCAAAGAGUUGCCGAAAGAAAUAGCGAAAUUGACUCAUCUGCGGUUGUUAGACUUGUCGGAUUGUCCUGAGCUUGAAGUGAUUUCGCCUAAUGUCAUAUCAAGUUUGACAAGGCUCGAAGACUUGAGAAUGAAAAACAGUUUUGAAAAAUGGGAGGCUGAGGAAGACAUCAACAAAAGAAGGAAUGCUAGUCUUUUAGAGCUGAAGAACUUAUCGCAAUUAACUGCAUUAGAAAUAUAUAUUCCAGAUGCUGAUAUUCUUCCACCAAACUUGUUUUGCAAUGAAUUGGAAAGACACCAUAUAUAUAUUGGUGGUGUGUGGUCGAAACGUAAGGCUGAAACAACCUUCAAUACACUAAAGCUCGAGCUCACUCCCAGCAAUCAAUCGGAUCAAGGUCUAAGAAGGCUGAUGAUGAAAUCUGAAGAUUUGGCCUUGGAUGUGAGCGAAGGUAUUAAUAAUAGUUUGUAUCAAUUAGACAACGAAGGUUUUCUGCACCUGAAACGCCUCCUACUCCAAAACAAUGUUGAUCUUUCUUAUAUCAAUGACAAGAAGGUUGUGUUCCCCAACUUAACAACCUUGAUCAUUCAAAAAUGUGAUCAUUUGAGAUUCUUGUUCUCAUGUUCUAUGGCUAAAAGUUUCGUACAGCUCAAACAUCUUGAGAUACGCUACUGCACAAGCAUGGAAGAGGUAGUAUCAUCAACAACAGAUUACAAUGAAGAAAAUAUGAAUAACAUGUUCUGUAAGCUUGAAACUCUGGAACUGGAAGGACUUCGAUGCCUCGGUAGAAUUUGCACAGGUACUCGUAUUGAAUUUCCAUCCUUGAAGAAGUUGGUUAUAAUGCGUUGUAGAAAAUUGAAGGCACUCAUCUGUGACCCUAUGAGUGAUAAAAGUACAAGAAUCUGCAAAGAAAUUGAAGAGAGGGAGUCAGAGGAGAGGCCAAGUGUUGAACAUGAGAGUGUUGCAGAACGCUGCCUUUUUAACGACAAGGUAAGAUUUCCUAGCUUGGAGGAAUUGGAAAUCUGUGACUUAGACGAGUUGCAGACAAUAUGGCACAAUAACCAACUUGCUGAUCAAGACUCUUUUUGCCGACUCAAACAAGUUUACGUUAGUUGUUGCGUGAGUCUGAUGAGUGUAUUUCCGCCUAGUAUCAUGGGGAGAUUGAAUGCUCUGGAAAGAUUAGAGAUAUUAAGUUGCUACUCGCUAAAAGUGGUAUUUGAAGUCGGAGGAAUUAAUGUUGAAGAGACACGUGUCAACAGAUCAACCCCUUAUGAUCAGUGGAAACCUUUGUACUGUCAAAAUCUUGAGAUCUUCAGCAUACGGAGUGCUGACAGUUUGAAAAAUAUAUUCCCAGCCUCUUUGGCCAGAGGACUUCAGCAGCUACGACUUCUGAGCGUGAUCUCUUGUCGUGAUCUGCUGGGAAUAGUUGGUGAGGAAGAGGGAGGAGUAGAAUUACCAACGCCUCCUCAGUUUGUGUUCCCAAAGGCAACAUUUGUGAAAUUGCGGUCUCUGCCCCAACUGAAGAGUUUUUAUCCGGGAAAGCAUACUUCCACGUGGCCAUUACUCAAAGAAUUGACAGUAGAAUUACAAAGCAGAAUUAAUGGGGUAGAAAUUUCAGUCUUUCAGGAUAAACAUGAGUCGGGCCCAAUAAAGUCUAUCUUUCCAAUUGACGACAAGCUCUCCUAUCUGCUAUUUCCUGUUGACGAGUAA